GGAAGUUUGAACAGCGCGUUAGCUUUGAAAUGAGUCAUGUGACAGCCGCGUCCGGAGCUAAUGUCACAUGACUGCGUUGCCGUACGCGGAAGUGCAGAAUUUGUUGCGAGUUGGGUAGAAAGAAAAUGUCCAUUUGUCAAAGCAGACAAACGUUUGUCAGGCCGGCGCUUCCGUUCUCAUGGACCAUCCAAGGUGGACUCCUUCCCGGCGAGAUGGUCCUCAUCAAAGGAGCGGUGCCUUCUGAUGCUGACAGAUUCCAGGUGGACCUGACGUGCGGCAGCAGCGUGUCGCCGCGGGCCGACGUGGUUUUCCAUUUCAACCCACGUGUGAAGAAAGGUCACGUGGUGUGUAACACACUGCAGGGGGGUCGCUGGGGUCGCGAGGAGAUCCUUUAUCAGAUGCCCUUCACUCGCGGCUCCCCGUUUGAGCUGGUGCUGCUCGCCCUCGACGACCACUUCAAGGUGGCGGUAAACGGCGCUCACGUGUUAGAGUACAAACAUCGGCUGGCGCUGGAGCUCGUCGACACGCUGGCCAUUUCGGGAAAGGUCAAAGUUGACGUCGUGGCCGUCCUGCCGCAAGCUGCAGCGCUUUCGUCACCCACUGCCACGCCGAUCAAUCACGAUGCGGAGAAGCCACUUUUGGCCGAUGACGUCGCAAACUCAAAGAUGCUCGUCAUGUCAGCUGACCCGCGCGGCGGGUUUCAAAGUGAGCUGGCUGGCGGCCUCCGUGUGGGAAGCAGCAUCGCCAUCAGAGGACGAGCCAAUCAGGCGGCAGAGAGUUUUGCGGUUAACCUGCGCGUGGGCAACGGCAACGACAUCGCGCUGCACCUGAACCCUCGCUUCAAGCACAAAAUGAUUGUGGUCAACUCCUUCCUGUCUGGUUGCUGGGGCAACGAGGAACGCCAAGUGGACUCCUUCCCCUUUGGAGCCGGACUCUACUUUGAGAUUAUUGUCCGGUACGACGUCGACUUUUUCCGCGUGGCUGUCAACGGCAUCCAUCAGCUGGAUUACAAAUACAGAGUUUGCGACCUGCGAAGCAUCACGCAGUUGCAAGUGACGGGCGACAUGACCCUGAUGGACACCAGGGUCAUGUGAUGUCAUCACAUCAAACAGGAAAAAAAGCACAACUUCCUGUCUGGAUGGCAUCAUGCUAACUGCAUAUAUGGAAUUUUAACUGUUGACACCCCGGGACCAACAUUUCCCAAUUGUAUUUCCGAUUAAGACCCACUUUUAUAGACGUUAGGAACAAAGAACGCAUUGUUCAGAAAUAGCCUUCAAAAACAAAUGGAGCCAUACAAAAAUGAUAAUUGCACUGAUCUUUUUAAUAAUGUGCAAUGUCAAGUUUUUCAUCUUGGGAAAUGUUUCACUUCUCCUAAAACAGAGACAUAACCAACAAAUACUAAAAAUGCUUCUAGGCCAAAGAGUCCAACCACUUUCAUUGCAUUGUAGUAUGUUUGUAGGAUAGAUAAAACAAUCAAAUAGGAAAUGCUAAGUAGUGCUUAGAGCCUGCCUGCCAUGUACCAUGUUUGCAUUCUUGCGCCAUGUGUAACAUCGAAGUUUGGUCAGAACCAUUUUAAGCCAAGCUCCCAAUACAGUAACUGCAAUCACUGCUUUAAACAAAUGACUACGCACUGCUGUCACCUUAUGUAAAAUGAGAAAAUGUUAAAUACAUUACUGAAAAAAAAAAUAA